UGUCUCAGACUAGAGAAAAUAUUACUUCCGUCGUCCGGACGCCGAGCUGCUUCCCGGCGACGACCAUGAUAUAGUGGAGGUCCGACUUCCACUGUAUCAUGGUAGCUCGAUGUCCGGAUGAUGAACGUAAUAGUUUUUACUUUGACCGAGCUAUCACCGAUUGAUAAUGAAAAUGACAAUAUUUUCUACACUUUCACCGGCACAAGUCAGAGUGAACUCAGUUCCUAACUCAGGGGAGUGAGAGGCGUCAUUUGCCAGCAAAUAGCCACUUAUUUUGACUAACAGCAUUUAAAAAAAAUAUCCCUCAAUCCAACUGUAUCCCUCGAGGAACCACCGGCAUCCCCAUCAGUCCCACCGACUUUCCCGGCGGCGCGAUACCCCAUGUCGUCGACCGCUACCUUCUCGCCGCCACCAAUGCCGCCAGAGGGGGCUGCUUCCUUCGACUCUAUUUCCCGCACGCUCACUGAGAUAUGUUCCACCGACGACGACUUCACGUGUGACCCUCCUCGCCGCUUCACCGCUCUAGUCCGCCGACUGCAACUUCUCUUCCAAGAGGUGGCCGCCUUCGCUGACCUUUCACCACCUCCGGCUCUCACAGCCAUCCGCGGAAUCUCCGCCGACCUCGAAGCCUCCCGCGCCCCUCUCUCCGCUUACCGUAGUCCAAGCCGCAUCCGAAUCCUUAUCAACUGCGACCCCCUCUGCACCUCCCUCCGCACCCUCGCUUCUUCCAUUUCCUCCUCCCUCAAUCUCCUCGACUCCCUUCUAUCUCCUUUUCCCGACCUACGCAAGAAAGCUGCUGAUCUUUCCGUAGAUUUCCAAUGCUCGGACAUAAGAUUGACGGAGAACGAGGUAAGGGUUUACCGUACAUUGCAGAAGGAGGCGGAGGUGCGAUCGAUCAGCAAAGCGGUGCAGAGCGCCAUUAUUAUGGAUGUUGCCCGGGCCCUUGGAAUCGACCCCUGCGACCACCCUAAGCUGUCCGAGAACAUCAAGCAGCUUAGAUCUGAUAUCUCAUGUGGUUUGAGCUCGGUCGCUGAGCGCAAGAUCCUGAUGUCUCUCGAGAAGAUCUUCGAUAGCUGGUCAACUGAGACCUGCCUCGCGACCGCUUAUCUGGACGCGGAUUUUGAAGAGAAUGCUCAGAUCCCUCCUUUCAAGAGCUUCAUCUGCCCUCUUACUAAGGAGGUAAUGAAGGAUCCCGUGGUUCUGGAAUCCUCGCAGAACUAUGAUCGGUUUGCUAUUCUGAAAUGGUUUGAGAGGUGCAUGGAGGACGGAAGGGCUCCUACCUGCCCUAUGACCGGUCAGGAGCAGGUCUCAUUGGAGCUGAAGCGAAAUAUUGGGCUUGCUGGGACGAUUGAGGAGUGGGUUAAUCGAAACAUUGAAGUCCAGAUAAAGGCGGCAUUGCAAUACCUUGGUGAAGGAGGGCUGAGUUCAGAGGAUAGUGCGGAGAAGGUGCUGAAUAGUCUGUAUAGAAUAUCAGAGGAGCAUCCUGAAAGUAGAUAUAGGGUUAGAAAUGCUGGGAUUGUUAAUCUUGUUGUGCAAAUGCUGAAGAAGCAAUCGAAGUUGAUGGGGUCACGCUUGCGGUGGAAAGCACUUAUGACUCUGCAUAGCAUGGCGAGGGAUGAAGAGAGCAAGCUUAUAAUGCUUAAAGAAGGUAUCACUCGAUUGGCUAUACGGAGCCUUAGCGAAACUUCCGAAAAGGAAAGAGAAUUUGCAUUAAGAAUAUUGCUCGACUUCUCAGUUGAGGAGGAAUUUUCAUUAAACCUGGCUCUAGAGAAAGGGGCUUUAUAUCUUCUCACUAGCAUUGCUGGAAAUUCAAAUCAACCUUCUUUGUCUAAUUUAGCUGAGGAUGUGCUCAAUAGCAUGGAAAAAGUUGAAGGAAAUAUUGAAUCUCUAAGUAAAGAAGGAAGAUAUCAACCACUGCUUAUUCGACUUUGUGAAGGUUCCAAAGAUGUUAGAAUGGAGAUUGUGAAACUUCUGGGGAAGAUGAAUUUAACCGACAGUGGCAGAAACUAUAUUGCCAGGAAAGGAGGUAGAGUUUUGGUUGGAAUGCUUUCUUCCAAUGUUGACGGAUUGGAACCGAGCUUGCGAGCGCUUUAUAAUCUGUCAUCACUCAGUGAUAAUGCUGCCGUCCUUGUUGGUCAGGGCCUGCUCCCAGCACUUACAGCUAUUCUCUUUACUAAACAGUUGGAUGGUUCAUCUAACCUGAAGGAGUUGGCAGCAUUAACAAUGGCUAAAAUUGUCUCUAAUCCUGGGCACUGGGAAUCAUCUUUUGCUGACAAUGAAGGCCAUGAGAUGCAUUCAGCGUUUAUCAUUCAUAAACUCGUGGAACUUUUAGAUCUCUCAUCUGGCGAAUGUCGAGCUGCUGUUCUUCAUGUUCUUUGUGGAGUCAUGACUUCUCCGAAAGCCUCAGAUUCGGCAGCCACACAUAUAAGAAGUUGCAAUGGCAUAAAAACAAUUCUGCAAUUUCUAGAGCUCUCUGACGAAUCAUGUAGAGCUCAUUCCUUCAGACUUCUAAGUCUCUUAUCAGAAAAAAUGGGGCAAGUUAUUCUCGAAGAGUUCAGAUCAUCUGGAAAAAUUCCAUUUCUCAAAGAAAGAUUACAGUCUCCUCAUUCUCCACUUCCUGAAAAAGCUGACAUUUCAUGCAUCCUUUCCAACCUUCCAUUUUCAGACACUGAGGUCACAAAUCUCUUAGGCCCAGACCUUCUUACAUGGGCAGUCACUCAAGUUAAGAUUCAGAGCUCCAAUUCUCUUGGGAAAAACUCGAAGAAUGCUCGAAACAUGAUAGAUGGUCUUCUUGGUCUCCUUCUGCAUUAUUCAAAGAAUCAUGACCCAAAAAUAAUAUCCCUAAUUCAAGAAACUCACUUCAUGGCCAUUUUCCGGGAACAACUCAGCAACCAUUCAAAUCACCGAGUGAAGCGUCUCGGAGCUCUUGGUUUGAAGUAUCUUUCGGAAUCAGCCAGUCUAUCUUCCGCAACCAGAGACUCUGAAGUUCAACCUUUUACUGGCUUCUGUGCUCCCUUUGUCUUACUUUGUGGCAAACCUUCUGUGAUUCGGAGUCAGUGCCCUUUUCAUAGCGUUCAUUGCGCCGAUGAUAGCUCGUUCUGUCUCCUGAAAGCAAACGCAAUCAAGCAGCUGAUCGAUCUGAUGGACGAUGAUAACAUCGAAGUACAGUUAGCUGCUGUCGAAGCACUUUUAACGCUUAUUUCGGAUACUGGAACUUUCGAAAAAGCUGUGGAAAAACUCGAAGAGUUUGGUCUUUUUAAGGAGGCAGUUCUUCUCUUGAAAGGACUCGGGCCAGGAGAGCUUCAGGAAAGAGUUGUGUUGAUGGUGGACAUAUUUUUGCAGAAGAAGAGUUUGGCUGAACAGUGUGCUACAAAUUCAGAUCUGGUGAAGGCUUUGGUAGAAGCUCUUAAGCACGGAAAUGCGAACACAAGAAGCUAUGCUCAGGAUGCCCUUCAAAAUUUAAAUCAAAUAUCUGGAAUUGGGGAUAGAUUGUCGAGAUGAAGCAUUUGAAGUAAAGUCGACACGAAAUUUCGCAGUCCAGCCCAGAAUUGUAAAAACUAAAAGAAUAAGGGGGUCUGGGGUUGCUAAUGUGGGUGUCUGAUUGAAACAAGAUGCAAAAAUUUUGCAGAGGUAAAUAUCUCAUAUUCUGCUGGGUUUUUAUGUAAGGAUGAAUAAGAUAAUUUAUUGUGCAGUUCAGUCUUUAAUUUGUAUAUUUUUGUUCAUCUGAAAAAAAUGAAGUUUAGGAACACUAGUAAGUUUGAUGAAGUUGUAAUUUGAGGAGUCCUUUGAGAGACCAAUAUUUGUUUUAUUCUUAAUUACUAGGCCCUUGUAAUUGUAAAUCUAUUAUUUAUCAAAGAAGGUACCUUU